GAGCGGCCGGGCCCGCUGGAAGAUGGCGGUGCGGAAGAAGGACGGAGGCCCCAACGUCAAGUACUACGAGGCCUCGGACACCGUCAGCCAGUUCGACAACGUUCGCCUUUGGCUCGGGAAGAACUACAAGAAGUACAUCCAGGCCGAGCCCCCCACCAACAAGUCGCUGUCGAGCCUGGUGGUGCAGCUGCUGCAGUUCCAGGAGGAGGUGUUCGGUAAACACGUCAGCAACGCGCCCCUCACCAAGCUGCCGAUAAAAUGCUUCUUGGAUUUCAAGGCUGGGGGAGCCCUGUGCCACAUCCUGGCAGCAGCCUAUAAGUUCAAGAGUGACCAAGGAUGGCGGCGUUUCGAUUUCCAGAAUCCCUCGCGCAUGGACCGCAACGUGGAGAUGUUCAUGACCAUCGAGAAGUCCCUGGUGCAGAACAACUGCCUGGCCCGGCCCAACAUCUUCCUGCACCAGGAGAUUGAGCCCAAGCUGCUGAGCAAGUUGAAGGACAUUGUGAAGAGGCAUCAGGGCACAGUGACUGAGGACAAGAGCAACGCCUCCCACGUCGUCUGCCCUGUCCCUGGGAACCUGGAGGAAGAGGAGUGGGUCCGGCCGGUCAUGAAGCGAGACAAGCAGGUCCUGCUGCACUGGGGCUACUACCCCGACAGCUACGACACCUGGAUCCCAGCCAGCGAGAUCGAGGCCUCGGUGGAAGAUGCUCCGACGCCAGAGAAACCCCGGAAGGUCCAUGCCAAGUGGAUCCUGGACACAGACACCUUCAAUGAGUGGAUGAACGAGGAGGACUACGAGGUGACGGACGAGAAGAGCCCCGUCGCCCGCAGGAAGAAGAUCUCAGCCAAGACUCUGACAGAUGAGGUGAACAGCCCAGACUCAGACAGGAGGGACAAGAAAGGCGGCAACUACAAGAAGCGGAAGCGCUCGCCCUCCCCCUCGCCCACCCCCGAGGCCAAGAAGAAGAACGCCAAGAAGGGACCCUCCACCCCCUACAACAAAUCCAAGCGUGGGCACCGGGAGGAGGAGCAGGAGGAUCUGACCAAGGACAUGGACGAGCCCUCACCCGUCCCCAACGUGGAGGAGGUCACCCUGCCCAAGACAGUCAACACCAAGAAGGACUCAGAGUCUGCGCCUGUCAAGGGGGGGACCAUGACAGAUCUGGAUGAGCAGGAGGAUGAGAGCAUGGAGACAGCCGGCAAGGAUGAGGAGGAGAAUGGCACUGGGAGCAAGGGGGAGCAGGCCAAGAACCCCGAGCUGCACGAGGACAACGUGACCGAGCAGACCCACCACAUCAUCAUCCCCAGCUACGCCGCCUGGUUCGACUACAACAGUGUCCACGCCAUCGAGCGCCGAGCGCUGCCCGAGUUCUUCAACGGGAAGAAUAAAUCCAAGACCCCUGAAAUAUACUUGGCUUACCGGAACUUCAUGAUCGACACGUACCGCCUGAACCCUCAGGAGUACCUGACCUCCACGGCCUGCCGCCGCAACCUGGCGGGCGACGUCUGCGCCAUCAUGCGGGUCCACGCUUUCCUGGAGCAGUGGGGCCUCAUCAACUACCAAGUGGACGCCGAGAGCCGUCCCACCCCCAUGGGCCCCCCCCCGACCUCCCACUUCCACGUGCUGGCCGAUACACCCUCGGGCUUGGUGCCGCUGCAGCCCAAAACGCCGCAGGGCCGGCAGAGCGACGGCGACGCCAAGACGGGCAGGAAGAGCAAAGAGAUGGAAGAGCUCGGCACCGAGCCGGUGAAGGGGAAGCCGGAGCUGACCUCGGCCUCGCAGCAGAUGCUCAACUUCCCUGACAAGAGCAAGGAGAAGCCGCCGGACAUGCAGAACUUCGGGCUGCGCACCGACAUGUACACCAAGAAGAACAUUCCCUCCAAGAGCAAAGCCGCUGCCAGCGCCACACGGGAAUGGACAGAGCAGGAGACGCUGCUGCUGCUGGAGGCCCUGGAGAUGUACAAGGACGACUGGAACAAGGUGUCGGAGCACGUGGGCAGCCGCACGCAGGACGAGUGCAUCCUGCACUUCCUGCGCCUGCCCAUCGAGGAUCCCUACCUGGAGGACUCAGAGGCAUCGCUGGGGCCUCUGGCCUACCAGCCCAUCCCCUUCAGCCAGUCAGGGAACCCCGUCAUGAGCACCGUCGCCUUCCUCGCCUCCGUCGUCGACCCCCGAGUGGCCUCGGCCGCCGCCAAGUCGGCUCUGGAGGAGUUCUCCAAGAUGAAGGAGGAGGUGCCCACGGCGCUGGUGGAAGCCCACGUGCGCAAGGUGGAGGAAGCGGCCAAGGUGACGGGCAAAGCCGACCCGGCCUUCGGGCUGGAGAGCAGCGGCAUCGCCGGCACCGCCGCCGAGGAGCCCGAGCGCAGCGAGGAGAGCGGAGCCGAGGAGGCGCGGGCAGAGGCGCAGGCGCCCGAGGAGAAGAAGGAGGUGAAGGAGCCUCGGGAUGGUGCUGCAGAGGAGGAGGUGAAGGAGAAGCCUGGGGAGGUGCCCAAAAAGGAGGAAGAGAAGGGGAAGGAGGCAGAGGGGGAGAAGGAGCCUGAGAAGGGCGAUGGAGAUGGUGCAGAAGGAGGAAAGAGGCGAAGGAAGGGGCCGGAUGAGGUGGCCAAAGAGCCCGUGGAGCCCGAGGCGAGCGCCAAGGCCAAGGUGGAGCGAGACAUCGGCGAGGGGAAUCUGUCCACUGCCGCUGCCGCCGCGCUGGCUGCUGCUGCUGUCAAGGCCAAGCACUUGGCAGCGGUGGAGGAGAGGAAGAUCAAAUCUCUGGUGGCUUUACUGGUGGAGACCCAGAUGAAGAAGCUGGAGAUCAAACUGCGGCACUUUGAGGAGCUGGAAACCAUCAUGGACCGGGAACGGGAGGCCCUGGAGUACCAGCGGCAGCAGCUGCUGGCCCACCCGACCCGGCAGGCGUUCCACAUGGAGCAGCUCAAGUACGCGGAGAUGCCGGGCGCGGCAGCAGCACUUUCCAGCACCUGCAGCCAGCAGCAGCAGCCGCCGCCGCCUCCCCCCGCUGCCCCCCGGGGGCGCAGCCGCUGCCCCGCCGCCGCCCCGCUGGCCCCCGCCGCCCACCCGCUGGCCGCUCCGCCCCCCCCCGCCGUGCUGGCUCCGGCCGAGCCCGUGGGGCAGCCGCUGCCCGGAGCCGCCCCCCCGCAGCAGCCGCACGCCCCCGCAGCCCGUCCCGCACGGUGAGGAUGGGGGUGGGCGCAGCCGGU